AUGGAACGAGUAGGGGCUUGGAUAGCGAGUAUACCUCCUGUAACUCGAUACUGGUCACUACUAAUCGUGGGAUUAAGUAUCUAUUCAAGUUUUGUACCUGAUAAAAAGAUGUUAUUAGUAUUUUUACCAGAGAAAGCAUUUGGUACUCAACCAUGGAGAUUAUUAACUGGGUUUUGUUACUUUGGAGAUUUUUCAAUUCAAUUGGUUAUAAAUAUGUUUUUAUCAUUACGAUCGAUUCGAUAUGUUGAACAAUCAUAUAAUUCAGAUUCAUCAUUAUUUCCUCCAUUUAUGAUGAAUGGGUUAAGUCCUAAUCAAAGAUCGAAAAUCAUAUUAUUAAAGGAAAUGUAUCAAACUCUUGAUUUUCUUUAUUUUAUGGUUCAAAUAAGUUUUACAAUCUUGGCUAUUGUAACCUAUGGAUUUUAUAAAUUUAAUUUAAAAAUCAUUUAUCCUGGAAUGAUAUUAGAUGAUUCAAUAUUAUAUAUUUGGAGUCGAACCGAUCCAAAUAUGGUUGUUAAUCUUUUUGGAUUUUUAAAUUUAAGAAUUGCUUAUUUACCUUUUAUUUAUGUGCUAUUAAGAUCAGUAUUAGAAAAGAGAUUUUUACAAGAUUUAGAGAAAUUACUCCGAUUUGAUAUGACAGUAUUUCAAUCCAUGUUUGCUUGGAAACAUUUAAUUGCUUAUGGAGUAGGACAUUUAUGGUGGUUUAUGAGAUAUUUCUUAUUACCUAAACUUUAUGCAAAUCUGAAUAAAUUGAAAUCUGAUGAAAGAGUUAAGACUUUAAAUCAAUAUAGAAUUAAUAUUAAUAAGUAUAAAAUUAUGCCUGAUAUAUUAAGAUUAAUAUUAUUACCCCCAUGGUAUUGGAUUAUAAUGAUUGAUAUGAAAUAUAAUCGUCGUUAUUUAUAA